AUGUCAUUAAGCCGUAUCUUGUGUCGCUCCUUCGGAACUUCUCCGAUUCUUCGCAAAGGUGUUAUAAACCAGGAAUUGAACUCACUUGCUGCUCUUCUGAAGUACCUCCGAACUCCCACAGGAUGUGUUCAUGAUAUCAUACCACAAAUCAAAUCAAAUUCAAUUGUCAACGAUGACACCGUGCAAAAGAUGAUUCGUCUUUCUGGUCUUGAAAUAGAGAGUACUUCAGAAAACAUGCAAAUGUGGACAGACGCCUUGAACACUCAGAUCGGGUUCAUUGAUCAUCUUCGAGACCUUGAGGAUGGUCCCUCCGAGUGCAUAGAAAAGGCUUCCGAAGUAUUUCGUCUUCUAGAAAGUGACCAUAGUCCUCAAAAGUUCCUCAAACUAUCCGAGUUGGAAGAACAGGUCAUCGCCUUCAAUGCAGAUGCGGAGGCCUUAAGCAACGAAGAUAACUUUGUUGCAAAGGAUUUCAUUCGCUCAAGAGUAGAAAACAUUGCACCAAUGACAGCCAAGCAAUGA